UCCCGCUAUCUACUAACCCGGUGUGUAAACACCGGUGUGUCAGUUGGUAGCCAGGCUGCUAACUGAAGUAACACACAUUUAUGUUGUAUCUCUGUCGAUAUUUGAAUUCUUCUCUGAAGUGUUUCAUCAGUAGAACUUGUUCAGCGUUGACUCGUCCAUCACGAUCUGCUCUCGUGUUGUUUUUUUCCUAACUUUAAACAUGCUACGAUAGCUAACUUUAGCUCGUCUACCGUUAGCAUCUGUUAAAUUACCUUCACUCCCGAUCAUGGAUUAAUAAAUAAUUGAAGUAAUGUAUCAUUUAAUCGGAUUUACCUCUGUUUCACUGUAAGUCUACUACAGGAUGAUCUCUCAGGUCUUCAUCUUGUCCUCAAAGGGCGACCACCUCAUCUAUAAAGACUUCCGCGGAGAAGCUGGAAGUGAUGUCGUCAGUAUUUUCUAUGAGAAGGUCACGGCCCUGACCGGAGACCAGCCUCCGGUUGUCAUGAGCCACAAAGAUCUUCACUUCGUCCACGUCAGGCAGGGAGGGCUGUACUGGGUUGCCACGACGACGGCCAACUCCUCGCCGUUCACCGUCAUCGAGUUCCUCAACAGGUUAACGGCUCUGAUUAAAGAUUACUGCGGCAGUCUGUCGGAGAAGUCGGUGCAGAUGAACUUCGCCCUCAUCUACGAGCUGCUGGACGAGGUCGUGGACUACGGCUACGUCCAGACGACGUCCUCUGACGUCCUGAAGAACUUCAUCCAGACUGAGGCUGUUUCCUCCAGACCGUUCAGCCUGUUUGACCUUAGCAACAUCGGCCUGUUUGGAGCAGAGACGCAGCAGAGUAAAGUGGCUCCGAGCUCUGCAGCCACCCGACCCAUCCAGUCCAGCAGAGAGCAGGGAGGAAAGAGUGAGAUAUUUGUGGACGUGAUCGAGAGGAUGUCGGUCGUCAUCGGCUCCAACGGAGUUCUGAUGAAGGCCGACGUCGAGGGUGAGAUCAGGGUGAAGUGCUACAUGCCGAGCUGCUCAGAGAUGAGAAUCGGUCUGAAUGAGGAGUUCAGCAUCGGCAAGUCACAGCUCAGAGGUUACGGAGCUGCUGUUCGCGUUGAUGAGUGCAGCUUCCACCAGGCAGUCCGACUGGACGAGUUCGACAGCCACCGGAUCCUCCGACUAAGCCCGAGCCAGGGAGAGCAAACAGUGAUGCAGUACCAGCUGAGCGACGAUCUGCCUUCAGCUCCUCCUUUCCGUCUCUUCCCGACCAUCGAGAGAGACAGUGGAGGACGGCUGCUGAUGUACAUGAAGCUUCGCUGCGAUCUGCCGCCAAAGAGCGCUGCCAUCAACGUCAGUGCCACCAUCCCUGUUCCCAAAGGCUCCGUCAGUUUGUCUCAGGAGCUCAGCAGUCCGGAUCAGAGCGCCGAGCUGAGGCCACAGAGCCGAGCCGUCGUCUGGCAGAUCCCUCGCUUCCCUGGAGGAACACAACUCUCUGCUCUGUUCAAGCUGGAGGUCCCCGGCCUCAGCUCGGCCUCCAUGUUGGAGGUCGGUCCGGUCGGCCUGAGCUUCGAGCUGCCAAAGAUCACUGCCACGGGGCUGCAGAUCCGCUUCCUCCGCCUGACGCCCGUCCAGCCCAGUCCGUCACAGCGCUGGGUCCGAUACGUCACCCACUCCGACUCCUACACCAUCCGGAUUUAACCCCCUCACUUAUCUCCACCUAAACCGCCUUAAACGACGAACGAGUCUCAUCAGUUUCAUGAUGAAGCAGGAUGAAAAGACAUUAUGUACAUUUUUUCCUUCCAAAAUAAUUUCUCUGUGUGUGUCAGUGGCUUUAAUACCUGUUGGACUCUUUGUUUUGAAGUAUUGGAAAGUUGUACAUUUCUCCUGAAAACACCUCACAGAUCAUUUCAUUUUAAAACACUGCUGUCUGUAAAUAAAUGUCAGCUCCCACUCUG